CUCUAAAACUGGCCUUGCAUCUUCAGUCCAUGUUCAAAGACAUCAGGAGCAGCCAUAGAGAAGAAGACGAGGUCUUGGAGUGAGGAGUCAACAUGAGGUGCAUCAGGGUUACAUGUUUGGUCCUCUGGGCUUUCAUUUUCACCUCCAACGCGAAUGAGUACAAGGAACGAGCAUUUAGACUGAUGGCUGAGACCCCACUAGUAGAUGGACACAAUGACUUGCCGUGGCAGCUGAGAUCAAUAUUCAACAACAAGCUCAGCUCCGUGGAUCUGUACACACUCAAUUCCACACACACCAAUAUCCCCAAAAUCAAAGACGGUCGUCUUGCAGCACAGUUUUGGGCUGCAUAUGUUGCAUGCGACACACAGUAUAAAGAUGCAGUAAGACAGACCCUGGAACAGAUCGACAUCAUUCACAGAAUGUGUCAAAAAUACCCAGACGACUUCAUGUUUGCUGCCAGUAGCCAAGAUAUAAUGGAUGCCUUUGCCAAGAAUAAGACAGCUAGCCUGAUCGGGGUAGAAGGAGGUCACUCCAUAGACAGCAGCAUGGCCACAUUGCGUACCAUGUACCAGCUGGGGGUUCGUUAUCUUACCCUCACGCACAGCUGCAACACGCCCUGGGCAGAUAACUGGCUCGUGGAUACGGAGUCAGAUCUUGUGGAGCACAAUGGCCUGAGUGACUUUGGCAAGCGGCUGGUCUUGGAGAUGAACCGCAUGGGUAUGUUGGUGGACCUGGCUCACGUGCCAGAACAGGUGAUGAACCAGGUGCUGGACAUCUCCAAAGCCCCGGUCAUCUUCAGCCAUUCCUCUGCCUUCAGCAUCUGCAAACACAAGAGAAACGUCCCUGACAACAUCCUACUAAAAGUGAAAGAAAAGAAAGGGAUCGUUAUGGUGAAUUUCUACAAUGACUAUGUCACCUGUAGCACAGAGGCAACCCUCUCAGACGUGGCUGAUCACUUCGACCACAUCAAGAAUGUAGGUGGCGCCAGCAUAGUGGGAUUCGGUGGUGAUUAUGAUGGUGUGCCCAGGGUCCCAACUGGUCUGGAGGACGUCUCCAAGUAUCCUGACUUGGUGGCUGAACUGCUGAGACGUGGCUGGACAGACGAUGAGAUCAAAGAUGCUCUGGGGAGGAAUCUGAUCCGAGUCUUUCAAGAUGUGGAGACGGUGAGAGACACACUAAGCGACACAGCUCCAGAUGAUGUGCCCAUUCCUCUGGAGCAAGUCCAAAACCCCUGCAGAACAGAUUAUGGUUACCCAACCCCGACCAGAGCUGCGGGCAUAACGUCUCACAGCGUUCCACUUUUAGCCCUCACUCUGACCUUGACCUCAGUGUUUGUCAAGUUUGUGUAAUUAGCCUCCAGGUUGAUUGUGCUGCAGUAAUAAGAUGUUGCAGCUCCCUUGUGUCAGUUAAACCUACUCAGUUCUCUCCAAGUGUCUUCCAUAUUGCUGAAAAAACCUCCAGAAUGGAGAAAAACAUUCUUAACUUUAAUGUACAUUAACGUAACAAUGUAAUUUUGAACCAUUUGUAUUGGUCCACUUGUCAUGAAAUGUUGAAGCUGGUGUUUUCAAUUAAAAAAAGCACAAUAGUGUCCCACUUCCAACCGCUGUGUGUAAAUAAGUAGCCUUCUUACUCCCCAUUUUCCAUUAUGUACAGUACUGAGCAGCAGGUCAGAGACGACCCUCCAUUUAUUUCCAGUCAAAAUGGCCAUUAAGUACAGUUUGUCAUUUUUCAGCAUCAGGAAAAAAAUAGAAAACAUAUUUUGAUCAGAAAAUUACACGGAAUUAGUCUUUACUACAGCUUCCUUUCUUUUCAAGAAACUUGCUUUCACUGCUCCAAAGAAAGGCUGGGAAAUUUUUCCACUCCUCCAAAGUUCAGUCUUAGAAGUUGGUAGCAUUUUCUGCUUCUUACGUGUAAUCGCAAACGCAUUCAGUUAUGCUGUGGUCAACCCACUGUGCUGAGAACUUUGAUUUUUUUAAUUUAUUUUCUAUUUCCUUUUCUCACUAACAGCUUCUAGACAACUACAAAUGCUUUCAGAGCCAUUAUGUUAAAAUGGCUUCUCACAGUGCAAGGAUGGACUGUUUCGGUGGUCUUGUGUGUUUGUUAAACGUGGUUUAUUUUAUUUCUAACCUCCUCAGAAAUAUCAUCUGAGAAUGAGAAAUGAACUACUUAACAGACGUUUUUGACUGCAAAUGAAGUAAAUGAAAGGUGGACUCUCAUUUCUGCACUUUACCGUACAUUAACUACUUAAGAUGAAGGCUGAUUGUGAUAGCUGAGACUGUCUGUUCUACCAUAUUUGGAGCUUAGUUGUCAUCUAUGACUGUGCCCCGGAUGUUAUCCCCUUUUACAACUGUGUGCUUUCUCUUCCUUACCACAUCCUUUUUCUUUACUCACGCGUUCGGAUAGCUGUGCCUCUUGAGAGACCAGGUAUUUGCCCUUUUACACAAACACAAUGCUUGUUUUACAUUGUUUUUUGAAGUGUUGUUUGAGUCAAUGCAGGAAAUGGAAUAAAUGAAGCUGAGCGACAAA